AUGGACACAAAUCACUCAAAGCCCGAGGAUUCUCAGUCCUCCCCAGAGGUCCCCAGACCUGGCCUGAGCCCGAGCUCAAUCCUGGAGAACACUACCCUGCCGCAGGAAUCCCCAGACAUGGUGGGGGACAGACCUCCACCCAAGACAGGCGCAGUGGUCAUCGACAUGGGCACAGGCACCUGUAAGGUGGGCUUCGCAGGGCAAGCCCGGCCUACCUAUACCGUGGCCACCGUCGUGGGCUGCCAGGCCAAGAAGCCCACCACCGGAGGGCAGCUGGGGCUGGAGACUUUCAUCGGGGAGGCUGCCCGCGUGCGCCCAGAGCUGACACUGGUGCAACCCAUGCGCAACGGCAUCGUGGUGGACUGGGACGCGGCCGAAUUGAUCUGGCGCCACCUGCUAGAGCACGACCUGGGCGUGGCCCCCCAGGAUCACCCGCUGCUGUUCUCUGACCCGCCCUUCAGCCCGGCCACCAACCGCGAGAAACUGGUGGAAGUGGCGUUCGAGGCGCUGCGCUCUCCCGCCAUGUACGUGGCCUCUCAGUCUGUGCUGUCAGUCUACGCGCACGGGCGCGUCAGCGGGCUGGUGGUGGACACCGGCCACGGGGUCACCUACACGGUGCCGGUCUUCCAGGGCAACAACCUGCCGCACGCCACCGAGCGCCUGGACCUGGCGGGCAUCCACCUGACGGCCUUCCUGGCGGAGGUGCUGCGCGGCUCGGGCCUGGCGCUAGGCCAGCAGGACCUGGAGACGGUGGAGAGCAUCAAGCACCGCUACUGCUACGUGGCGUCUGACUUCCUCAAGGAGCAGGCGCGGCCGGAGCAGGAGUGUCGCCAGGUGCUGAAGCUGCCUGACGGCAGGACGGUCACGCUGGGCAAGGAGCUCUUCCAGUGCCCGGAGCUGCUCUUCAGCCCCCCCGAGAUCCCCGGGCUGUCGCCCGUGGGCGUCCCCACCAUGGCCAAGCAGAGCUUGCGCAAGGUGGCCCUGGAGGUGCGCGCCGACGUGGCCCAGAACGUGCUGUUGUGCGGGGGUUCUUCGCUCUUCCCUGGGUUCGAGGGCCGCUUUCGGGCGGAGUUGCUGCGCUCGCUGCCCCCGGAGGCCCACGUGGUGGUGGCGGCGCAGCCCAUGCGGAACUUCUCGGUGUGGAUCGGUGGCUCCAUCCUGGCCUCGCUGCGCGCCUUUCAGUCCUGCUGGGUCCUUCGGGAGCAGUACGAGGAGCAGGGGCCCCACAUCGUGUACCGCAAGUGCUACUGA